AUGUCUAACUCGACUGUCGUAGUCAAAACCGAGCACGAAGAAGAUCCCCUGCCGUUUGUCGGGGGUUUCAUUGGGGAAGGGCGUUCACCUCGUGGCUCUGAGGAAGACUCGAGCACUUCUGCUGACGGCGAAAGCGAAGAAGAAGAGCGGGACUACAACUCACCCGGUCACGACUGGAUCGCCGACCAAUACUUCUCGCUCAUCGAGGCCGGACGCCGCCCAGCCACUCCCAGCAGCAUCGCCACGAAUACCGACACGAGCGACGACCCAGAGGCGCCAGCUCCUGCCGACGAAGUCGCCGUCCUUAGGCACGUCAUAAGUCGAGUACUUCGUGACGUUAUAUGCACUGGCGCCUGCGCCAGUGACGGUUACGAUCCGGCCCAAGCCGACGGCGUAUGGACUUGUCCGAUAGCGGGAUGCACUCACACCGUCGAUCCUCGCAAGCUGCCGUAUGAGGCGCGCUUGGUCGUCCGCGGGGUCUACGGGGAGCGUGGGUUGAGCGUAGAGCGGUGGACAGGGAAGACCGUACUGGCCAUGGAUCUCGGGUUGGACAACGAUGACCGGGCUCGCCUGAGCAUGUCGCCAGAAGAAGUUCUUUACCGGCGCACGGGUAUGGAGCUCAUCGCCUGGCGCCAUAUCAUGUCGUGGCACACGAGAGCAUACGGGGUGACCGUGCGCGACAUGGGCAUCGCUAACGAAGCAACGGGCGUUCGAGCUGUCUCUUUCGAGAGAGAGAGGGACUCGAAGACGCUUUUUGCGUAUGCGCCAGGACUAGUGCUCUCCAACGAUGAACAGCACCGCCUACAGUUGGAGGAGAUCCGUCGGGACGAAGUGCGCCGCCUCCAGAAUGAACGCCACAAGAUGCGAGUGCUGCUGAUACGCUGGCACAACAGGCAGGGUCGGUUCCUAGAUCAUGCCGUCUCCUACUGUACGCGGCACCUGUCGUUCGCUGGCCGGUAUCCGGGGAGACUUGCCGGGCGUGUGAUCAUGUCCGGGUUGGAACGCUUGCGGGAAGAGUGCGAGCCCGACUUUGCGCGCGCGAGACUGAGGAACGUCGAGGCCUCGCUUCAGAGCUGGUCAGACUGGGAUCUUAUUUCACGUCCUGUACCCCGUGUUAUCGCUUGA